GAUAUUUAUAGAGAUGGGCGAUAUUUCGGCGAGUCAGCUCGUGACCCAGUUGCUACCACCUCUAUAUUUUUAUUAAAAAAAAGUUGUACACAUAAAACGAAAAACACGGCUGAGCAGAGGGGAAUCGGUCAUUUUUAAAUUGACAGUGUAAUCGCGUCGCACCUAUUUUGGCUAGCGGAGAGCAGCGGAGCGGCAGUUGCAGUUGCAGUGGCCAGUGGCAGCAGAGUAGUUUCAGCAACCACAAUAACAACAAUAAUAACAAUCAACUACGCACCGAAACCGACCCCUAAACCGACCGAUCCGACCGAUUAAGGACCGCCCCCGCCACCCGACACCUGCCCGCACUUUCGGCACAGACACACUCGCACACCCGCUCGUACACACACAUCACACAUCACACACACUCUCGCGCGGCACACAGACACACACAGGUUCGCAGAGUUAUCAUCCGACCGCAUUUAUCAUCCGCCUCGCAUCAUUGUUUGCUAUUGUUGUCUGCUCCGCUCCGAAGGAGCAAACAAAGAGGGCCAACGAGGAGAAGGACGAGAAGGAGGUGUCGGAGGAGUGGGAGUCGUAGCACUAUCGGCAGGAGCCACUCCAACCCACCACACGAAAAUCGCAGAACUCGAGGGGCAUUUGGGAGCCAGGACUGCGCACUGAAGCAGUACCCGUAGCUCCUCUAUGGGUCAGAAGGCGAGCACGCCAGCCACUAGCGGCCAGCAGAGCCCACGCUCCAGGACCUUUUCCAGCAGCUCAACGGGAGCGGCGGAGCCGACUGCUCCCAAUGUGACCACCAGUCGCAGUGGCGGCGGCUCUACCAACACCUCCACUGGUGGCGAUGCCGGGCAGGGCUUUAAUCUGCUGCGUACGCUGCCCGGCCUGCAGGUGUACCACAAUCAGAACUCCACCUCUGUAGACCGGCAGAGGGCGCGCAGCCUGAGCUCCGUGCCGGACAUUCAGCAGCAGCAGCAGGCUGCCCAGCAACAGGGCUCGGUCACCUCCUCUGGCAGCAGUCCCCACGCCCACACCCACGGCGGUCACCCGGCGCACCAGCAUCUGCAGCCGCAUCCACAUGGACACACUGCGGUAGCGGUAACCGUGUCGGGGAGUGCCAACAGCAACUAUGGGUUCCCGGCUGCCGGAAAUAACAACGGAUCCGCCACUCAGUCCUACAUGCAGCAGCGGCGCACUCUUGGCGACUCGAUAAGGGACAUAACCGGAAGUAACAUCGCCGAGAGCAUCGCCCUGGCCGCCUCCGCCACGUCCGGCAACGAAAUCGGACGUGUCUACACGGCCACUUCGCUUCCAUCGCACAUUUGGUCCUUCAAUGGUAUCAAGUGCCCCGUGUGCAAUAAGUUUGUGUUGCCGGACGACAUUGAAUGCCAUUUAGUCAUGUGCCUAACGAAACCGCGGCUCUCAUAUAACGAGGACGUUUUGUCGGACGCCAAGGGCGAGUGCGUCAUCUGCCUCGAAGACCUGAGUCCGGGCGACACUAUCGCCCGGCUGCCAUGUCUCUGCAUCUACCACAAGGGAUGCAUCGACCGUUGGUUCGAGGUGAACCGCUCCUGUCCCGAGCAUCCAGGAGAUUAGUAAUCCCUUCCAGUUCGAGUUUUUCCUGGCCCGUUGUUUGUGUAGAGCGAGAUGGUGUGCCCAGAAAGAGGAGGAGGAAAGAUUGGUUGGCGCAUCUCUGGGUUGGUGGCCCAUGGUGCCCCAGGCCCAGAGAUCGAACCUUCAAGAGCAACCCCCUCGGACUCGGACAACAACGGCUGAGGCUGAGGCUGAGGCGAAAGGUGACGGAGAGGCUAGUCUAGAGGAUGAAGGAGUAGAGUGGAGUGGAGUGGAACGCGUGAUCGGGACUUCGAUCAUUUGACCUACCGACCGACUGCUAAUGGAACCCAAAACACACAUAAAUCAAUUGAAACAAAUUAAUUUACAAUGCUAAACUGGCGAAUCAACCAACCCACAAAACUACAACAAGAGAAACCACAACAACCGGAAACAUGAUGACGGGAGGAGUGUAAAGCGAAGCAACCAACCAACCAACAAAAGAAUGUCAACCAAUGUGAUGUUAAAUUUUAUAUUUUGUACGAUAAUGAUGUAAUUGUAAUUGUAAUGUAUAUGUAUGUAUUUAUUAUUUUAAACAGGACUAAAAUAGGAUAAAACAAAAACAAAAAACAAAACGAACACAACGCGUAAGAUCACACAAACAUAACAAUAACAAGAAUACUAUAAUAAUUACGAUAUAAUUAUGAAACAAACGAAAAGCAAAGCAACCAAAAAAAGCAUAAAACAUGAAACAUAAAACAAAAAACAAAAUGAAACACCCGCAACAUCUCGUACAUCUCUAAGAACGGAAAAGUAACGAAGGAAACCACUUUCCCCACUUUCGGUGUUAAUUUUAAGAAGAUUUGUUUAACAAUCGCACCCAAGUAUGCGUAUGAUUAUGAUGUGUUACUUUAAGUUUCUCAAACUUUUUAUAUCCUGUUUGUUAUCAACAAUUUGUUUCUGUUUUGUUUAAGCGUAAGAAGCAGGAGUAUGCAAUUGACAGAAAUCGAAUGAGAAAUAUUUGAAAUAUUCGCCACAAUUUGUAAUUCGUCAAUGUGAAGUUCUGGUCAAACGAGAAAGCUUAGGGCAAACCGGGUGUAUGUAACGUUUUUUUUUCUCUCCUUACUUUUAUGAUUAAUGUAAAGAGUUUGAAACUGGUUCAAAAACCGCGGCAACGGCGGCGGGACUGGAUCCUGUCCAGGACGGACCGAGCCUGCCACUGUUCCCGGGCAUUUACCUACAUAUUACAUACCUACGUAUAUACUUUUAUUCUUGCUCAUCGAUACACAGAUCGGGGAUUGCGUCGAUGAUCCGCCAAAGUUUCCUUAGCAACCGCAGUAACCGUCGGCGGCAGCAGCGCAGCACGUAAGAACUAUUUUGUAAAUUAUAUACUUUAAUUGUAAAUUGUAACUGUAUAACUAAUAGCGUUGCAUUGAGCGAUUGAGGAUACAACUGAUUUCACUCUUUAAACUAAACGACAAAAUAAAAGCGAUAAACGUAACA